AAACGGUGGCAAGGAGACUGGGCUAGGGUCGCGGCGGAAGCCUGGAAGUGUGUGAAUUUCUGUGGCGUCUGGAUCGCGAGAGGAGUCGGCUUCUCCCGCAGAGGGCUUCCGGGACAGGGCAGGAUUUUAGGGGUUUUGUUUUUAAGGGGAGAGGGUGUAAGGGAGGAGGAGAAUGAAUGGCAUACCGAUUCGAAUGUUAAUUGGAGCAUUUCACAUGUGAAGAGUAAAGGAAAUCCAUACUCUUUUUACUUUGAUUGCUCCAUUAGUCUGUCUUCAUUUUAAAAUUCUCAGCUUUGAAAUCGGCCAGGGUGUUUGGCAGAAUUUGACGGAAUUCAGGUGUGAGGGUUUGAUCCCGUUUAAGUGCCUUUUAAUUAGGGCACGUAAUUCAACCACUGUUUACAAUGGGAUUUUUGAAGACCUGUGUGUUUAGAAGAAAUGCACGCAGUGCGGUUUGCUUUUGGAGAAGCCAAGUUGUACAAAAGCCUUCAGUUCGAAAAAUUAGUACUACCUCUCCAAGAAGCACUGUCAUGCCUGCUUGGGUGAUAGAUAAGUAUGGGAGUAAUGAAGUGCUUCGAUUUACCCAGAACAUGAUGAUACCAAUGAUUCACUAUCCAAAUGAAGUCAUUAUCAAAGUUCACGCUGCAAGUAUAAAUCCUAUAGAUGUUAACAUGAGAAGUGGUUAUGGAGCCACAGCUUUAAAUAUGAAACGUGAUCCUUUACAUGUUAAAAUCAAAGGAGAAGAAUUUCCUCUGACUUUGGGUCGGGAUGUGUCUGGUGUGGUGAUGGAGUGUGGACUUGAUGUCAGGUACUUCAAACCUGGAGAUGAGGUCUGGGCUGCAGUUCCUCCCUGGAAACAAGGCACUCUGUCAGAAUUUGUUGUUGUCAGUGGGAAUGAGGUGUCUCACAAGCCCAGAUCGCUCACUCAUACUCAAGCCGCCUCCCUGCCGUACGUGGCUCUCACAGCGUGGUCUGCCAUAAACAAGGUUGGUGGCCUGAACGACAAGAAUUGCACAGGAAAACGUGUUUUAAUCCUGGGAGCUUCAGGUGGAGUUGGUACUUUUGCUAUACAGGUGAUGAAAGCAUGGGAUGCUCAUGUGACAGCAGUCUGCUCCCAGGAUGCCAGUGAACUUGUGAGGAAGCUUGGGGCAGAUGAUGUGAUCGAUUACAAAUCUGGAAGUGUGGAAGAGCAGUUGAAAUCUUCAAAGCCGUUUGACUUUAUCCUCGACAAUGUUGGCGGAUCUACCGAAACGUGGGCUCUGAAUUUUCUCAGGAAGUGGUCGGGAGCCACGUAUGUGACUCUGGUGACCCCUUUCCUCCUGAACGUGGACCGCUUGGGCAUCGCGGACGGCAUGCUGCAGACAGGCGUCACCGUGGGCUCUAAGACGUUGAAGCAUUUCUGGCAAGGAGUCCAUUAUCGCUGGGCCUUUUUCAUGGCCAGCGGUCCAUGUCUAGAUGACAUUGCGGAACUGGUGGAGGCAGGAAAGAUUCAGCCAGUUAUUGAAAAAACCUUUCCAUUUUCUAAAGUUCCAGAAGCCUUCCUGAAGGUAGAAAGGGGACACGCACGAGGAAAGACCGUCAUUAACGUUGUUUAAAUAAACGCUCAGUUUGGUGA